GAAUUUACUGUCGUUAAAGAGAAAAAAGCUAAAUAAAUAGUCACAUUUUUGAAGCUGGAAUCGUAGUUGUUCUUUCGUUUUAAAUGAAAAAUAAAGAUAAAAUCUAAAAGUCUAAAGAAUUUGGGACAGUUUUUGUUUCUGUCGUAAUGAAAGUUAAAUCUCUGAAAUACUUUCACUUUCUCUUCCUGAGCUCUGCUCUCACUCCUCCUUCGUCUCCACAGAUUUUACAUCGAUGAAACGUUCAGGAAACAGCAGAAAACUCUGAACAGUCCGCGGUGGAAGAUGGCAAAAAACCAACGUAACGACAGCUCCAGCAUGAAGGGGCUUCUCCAACCUGAGAUCCUCCACCGUCAAAAGGAGGAGGAGGCUGGAAAGGACCAGAGCAGCAACAAUGGAAGGAGUCAAUCCCCCCCUUCCUCCUCCUCCACCUCCUCCUCGUCAGGGAAAACGUGCACUAGCAACGUAGAGAACAAGGACGAGACUAAAAAGAACCAGAGCAGCGACGACAGCACGAGUCAGGCCUCCUCCUCCUCCUCCUCCUCCUCCACCUCCUCCUCCUUCUCUCCUCCUCCUCCUCCUCCUCCUCCUUCUCCUCCUCCUUCUCCUCCUCCUCCUCCUCCUCAGUGAAACCUUCCUGCAACAACGUAGAGAUGAAGGACGAGACUAAAAAGAACCAGAGCAGCGACGUUAGCAAGAGUCAGGCCUCCUCCUCCUCCUCCUCCACCUCCUCCUCCUCCUCAGUGAAACCUUCCUGCAACACGGCAGAGGAGAAGAAGAAGCCUGAAUGGCAGCAGAGCAGCAACGACAGCAGGAGUCAGGCCUCCUCCUCCUCAGCUGAACCUUGCAGCAGUGUUGAUGAUAGAAGUAAAUGGAAGAAGAAGAAGGAGGAGCAGGAGCAGGAGCAGGAGGUGUCGUCUUCAUGCUGUGAGCUGAAGGAUCUGAAGCGACUCCGGGACUGUUACCAGAAUCUGGGAUCUCUGAACGUCCACCCCUGGCACACGAUCCUCAUCCAUGUGCAGGCUUUCAACCAAAAAUUUGGAAUAGUUCCUCAUGAAGGGCAAGACGUCUGGUCCAGUGACGUGGUGAAGAUGCCGUGUUCACGAGGGGGCAAUCCCAGCUCCCCACAGGCGUCAAGGUGGCAGGAGAUCUCCAAACACCUGAAGGCUCUGGCCAGUAAGAGAUCAGCGAGCAGCGACGACGUGGAGAAAGUCAUCAAGAAAUACAACCCCAACUACAAAGAGCAGUGGAAGUUUGACGCCCUGAAAAAGUUCCUGAAGCUUGAACAGAAAAGAGAAAAACACUUCAAAGAACUGUUUCCAAAGAUCGCAGCUCUGGCCUCGAAGCUUCCAGAACACGUGAUGAAGCCUAUCCCGUUGCUCCGUAGAGGACACUCAGCAACCAUCACCAUGUCUCAGGCUCAGAUUUCCUGUUUGCUCGCCAACGCAUUUUUCUGCACCUUCCCUCACCGCAACACGUCCAAACCAGGCGCCGAGUACGGCAACUACCCGAGCAUCAACUUCAGCAGUCUGUUUGGACAGUGGACCGAGAGGAAGCAGGAGAAGCUGAAGGCCGUCCUGCAUUACUUCGACGUGGUGACCGACGACAAGACUGCACCAUCAGGACUGGUGACGUUUCACAGACGCUGCCUCAAAGACGCUCCCGACUGGAAGAGCUCUAAGGCGACGCUGGGGAAGUUGUGCGUUACGUCAAAGGGUAAAAUCGAGGAUGAAGGUGAAGGAAUGCUUCAGGUGGACUUUGCCAGCAGUCGGGUCGGUGGGGGGGUUCUGAGUUCUGGUCUCGUUCAGGAGGAGAUUCUGUUCCUCAUUAAUCCAGAGUUGAUCGUCUCUCGACUCUUCACGGAGAAACUGGACGACGACGAGUGUCUGUUCAUCAGAGGUUCUCAGCGGUUCAGCCGUUACUCUGGUUUCAGCGACGGUUUCACGUGGGACGGCGCGUACGAAGACGUUCGCGUCCAAAGAGACGACUGGUCUCGGCUGCAGAGGGAGAUCGUCGCCAUCGACGCUCUGAGCUACAAACACAGCAGAGACCAGUUCAACAUGAACAGCAUCACCCGGGAACUCAACAAGGCGUUCUGCGGCUUUAAGGGACGUCAGGGACAGACGGAACCGGCCGUGGCCACGGGGAAGUGGGGCUGUGGAGCCUUCCACGCAGACCCGCAACUCAAAGCUCUGAUCCAGCUGAUGGCAGCAGCUCAGGCCCACAGAGACGUGGCCUUCUUCUCCUACGAGGAUGAACAUCUGGAGCGCAGCCUGCAGAAAAUACACCACCUACUGGUCACAAAGGGAACUACACUGGCUGAACUUCACAGCCUCCUGGAUAAAUACUGCACUGAUGUGAACAAACACAGAGGUUCACACAUGGAUCUGUUUGAAUUCAUCACAAAAGCCCUCAGAUCCUCCAGGAGUCACCUGUGAGGAUGAAUUUACACCAGACUCCUGAAGGAAAGAAGAAGCUUGAUAUGUUUGUUUUUGUUUUUUUUGGCUGCGUUUACAUGGACGUUGGUACUAACUAAAUCCGAAUUAAGCUGCCUCAUGUGAACCAACCCUGAAUCAGAAUCAGUUUCCAUGGAAACAUGUGUUACAAUCUGUGAGAGCUUAGUUUACCUCUAAUUGAUGAUGAUGUUGUGGGUGAUGGAUCUAAGACAAAUCUCAGGGAGAAACUGAAGCUUCCUGCUCUGAUUGAAGUUCAUUUUUAACGUCUGUGAAAAUCAAACGGUUUCAUUUAGUCACUACUGAUCGUCUGCUGUUGCUGAUAAUAAUAAUAGUAAAUAUCUGUGUUCAUGAAUACAGAUGUGUUGAAAAAUAAAAACUCCAAUAGCAGAAUUCAACAUCCUUUAUUUGUUGAAGGUAAUAAAAACAUGCAACGCCGUAUGAAAAUAAAUACAUCCUUCAGUUCAGAGAAAAUCCUGGUUUGUUUCUGUCAUUUCAAGUAAUAAUCUCUGUUUGGCACAAAAUGGACGUUUUUCCGCGGCGAUGACGACCGAGCGAUAAAUAAAGAACUGAGAUAAAAGUGCAGAAAUGGGUUGAGCCGGUUUGUUUGUUUGUUGUUUACGCAGCUUCUUUUUUAAAAUGCUUUUAUUCACAGUUCUAAAAAAGUCUCAACAUUUCACUUAUCAAUCAUUCAUUGAUCAUAAUAAGUCAGU